UUGCACAACUGGCCUCCAAUAAAGUUUCUUGAUAAUAAAGUAGCUAAUUUUGAUGGUGUGAAAAUCGAAGAUGUCGGAGAACUGGGAACUGGAGCCCAUGAGGAGUUGAGUCCCAGCGAAGGUUUGUGUAUGCCAAUAAAAAGCGUUAACUGUGAAACAAGAGGGCCAGAUAUAGGAAUCAGUAUGGAUAACGUUGACCUUCAGGAUGCCCCUUCACAUGAUGCCAAAAGACAAUCAGCUCGCCUGCUUUUCGAGCUUGCUACCUCCCAAGCUGAGUUGACAGAACUUCGCGAGGAGCAUGCUCGUCUCCGCUUUGAAACCGACAGGACUACGGCUCGAUUACAUGGUCAGCUGGCAGAGGCCACAGCUGACGCAAAAGCUUUGCGCGCCCGUCUAUCCAAGGUGACAGGUGAAAUAGGCGUAAAAUGUUAUUCUGCAACGAUGAGUCUUUUGCCAGGGCCUUUGGGUGUCGGAGGCUUUGAUGAGGCUGAUUCCAUAAAAAAGGUUGACUGCUUCAAUUGCAGGCGGAUGCAGAAGCUAAUCGAUGUCCUACAGGUUAGAUGCUCCCCUCACACUUAA